AUGGAGAAAACAACUUCUCACAACGUUGACGACAUCCUGAUAGCGUUGGGCUCCAAGGGGAAGUACCAGAUAUUCCAGUUUCUGACAGUUUAUCUGGUCUCUUUUCCUAUUGCCUUCCAGCUGUUUAGCAACGUUUAUACAUGUUUCCCUGUUCCCUUCAAGUGCUCCCCUCCCCCCAACAUCUCUGAGAGUCUCGGGGUGAGUCUCACAGGGUCUGACGUGCUCAACUACACAUACGACAGCUGUAGCGUGACCGCUUUCGUGAACGGCGAGCCUGUGGGGACGACAGAAUGUGACUACACCAGUGUGGAAUAUGACCUGCCCGUGGAAAUGUCCGCAGUCUCUCAGUUCGGUCUCGUCUGCGGGCGCGCUAACCUGGCCCGGCUGACCCAGACGUUGGUCAUCGCUGGUCAAGGCAUCGGUGCAGUUCUGACCACCAUCGUGAGUGACCGACUGGGCCGGAAGAUCGUACUGGUCUCGACAAACCUGGCCCUACUGCCCCUGGGAUUGGUCAACGCUUACGCGCCAAACUUUGCUGUGUUUGCCUGUACCAAGUUCCUCAUAGGAGCAUUCCAACAGGGCAUUGUGACUAGUUCUGUGACGUACGGCAUGGAGAUGCUGCCCUCAGACGAGAGGAGGAUCAACGCGUUCUCCAGUGGGUUCACAUUCUCCGUCGGGAUGGUGUCCUUUGCCUUCCUCUCCUGGCUGCUGAGAGCUGAGAGUUGGCGCACCCUCCAGACAGCGCUCAGCCUCAGCUCUGUCUUCUUCAUCUUCCAGUGGUGGUAUUUAGACGAGUCUCUGAGGUGGCUGAUUGCCAAUGGCAAGACGAGAGAGACCCUGAAGGUCUUAACCAGAGCUGCAAGAAUGAAUGGGAAGGACCUCAAUGCCGUUCUAAGGGUGUACCAUUCCGGAACCAGGUGUGGUUCCCUAUUACAAGAAGAACAAAAUACAAACCUGAAGUCCGUGCAACUGCAGGAGAAUAAAACUCACCAAGAAGACCACAGAGAACAACUCCUACAUCAAGAACCUCUGCAACUGCAAGACAAAAAGGCCGACCCAGGAGAACAAAAAGAACAACUUCCACAUCAGGAGCCUCAGCAACUGUUGAAGAAUCAUGCUAACCAAGAAGAAGAGCAUGAAGAUCUUCCCGAACAAAACGAAGUCCCCCCAGAAGCCAGUUUGGUGAAGAAGGAAUUCCCGGACCACGGCCACACAGACACAGACACAGAGACCCUCACGGGAACAGCGGACACCAAACUCACACUCCUACACUUGCUGAAGAUACCUCGCGUGUGCGUCAACUGUGCCAUCAUUUCGUUUGCCUGGUUCACCUGUGCUAUGGGGACGUUUGGCCUCUUCCUGACCUCUGCCUCUCUGUCCAGCAACAAGUACAUCGGCUUCUCCAUGCUCUCUCUGUGUGACGUCCCCUCUGAGAUAGUUGCCUAUAGCUGCAUGAACAAACAUAGAGAUAUUGAACAUCUAAGUCUCAAUGGCAAAAUUGAAGGGAAAAGAGCCCAGGAUGUAUCGGGCAGUGGUCCGUACGGCUACCUGGUCCUAGUGUCCUACCUGGUGGGCACCUUUGGAGGUUCUGGAAGCUUCGGCAUGGUGUUUUACUACACACCUGAGAUGUUCCCCACCAACGCUGAGCAGGCUAUGUGGGCCCCUGGAAUCCUCAUUGCUUCUUGCGCUGCUGUUGUCGUCAUUUCCCUGAAAGCACUUCCGGAGACCAGCGGGCGGGAGCUUCCACAAACACUGGACGACCUCAAGGCCUGGUUUCACAAACCGACACAGAAAGAUGGAAAAGCCAGCGCUCCGAUCUGA